AUGAAGAGAGGAGAGAAACCCGAAGGAUUUCGACAGAUGCGACCCAAGACUUUCCCCGCCAGCAACUACAGUGGAAACAGCCACCAGAUGCUGCAGGAAAUUCGUGAGAGUCUCCGGAACCUUUCACGGCCUUCUGACCUCCCUAAGGUGGACAUGGGGGGCGCUGGAAAGGUGUUGUCUGAAGACCCCAGGCAGCAAGGGCGCUGCAGCAACCCCAGAAACCCCUACCACAAGGCCUUGCAGGAGAUUCGCAAGUCCCUGAUGCCUUUUGCCAAUGAGCCCAGCUCUUCUGGAAGGACUGCAGAGGUUAACAAACAGAUGCUGCUGGAGCUGCUGUCUGCUGGCUUUGAGGAGGUAAGGAGGAAGAAUGUAAAAGUGGAAACAGUACUUCAGCUAGGUAGCUAGUAACGUUAGUACUCUCUAGUAAAUUAAGUUAUUUUCAAUUAUUGAAUAAAACUUAAAUAAUUAAACGUUUUCAAAUCACUCAAGCAACGUCCAUACUGGUAGUUGUCGAAUAAUCUAAGUGAUACCAGUGUUUCCCCUAUAUUCAGCUAAAUCGUUGCCACCACUCCAACAAAUAAGAUUACAUUUUAGAAUAUAUUUUUCUUUUUUUGGGAUGGCUUAAUGUUUUCAGUGUAAACUUAAAUGACAAAAAACAGAUAAAUUAUGCAGAAAAUAUAAUGGAGCUAUAUAUUGUUAAAUAAGAUCAUCUUUGAGAACUAACAAUCACCAAAAUAAAAACUAGACAGUCAGCGAGAACAUAAAACAAUUCCAAAAAUGUCUUGGCAUGGGGCCCCCAUUGAUUUUGUUAUGUUUGAGUCACUCAGAUAGAUACCAUAAGAGCACGGCAUAAAAGGAGUUAUUGCAGAAUGUUUUCCCUUUGUUGAUAGAUGACAGGAGACUGAUGUGAAAUAUGAAAGCUAUGCAAUGUGGAAUGACCAGCUUUAGCUGCAUGCUCAGGGUGUCAUUUUCUCAUGCUAAAUAUGUUUUCAACUAGUCAGUCACAUGACAUGAUUGUCUGUAUUCAGCACUGAGGCUGAGAUGAAUGAAAUAUUUUCUAUGAAACCAAGUAUGUCAAAAAAACAAUUAAUUCCAUUGUAUUUGUGAGUUGUGGGUAAGUAGUUCCUGUAAACUUGAUAUGAAGUCUGUCUAAUAGCACCUCGAGAAACCUUUUAUUUAUUUCAGGUAUUAAUAGCUAGUAAAUGUAUUGUGUGCAGGAAAUGGUGAUACGUGCUCUGAAGCAGACCAACAGUCGCAGCGUGGAGGCAGCCAUAGAGUAUAUUAGUAAAAUGAGCUACCAGGAUCCUGUGCGGGAGCAGAUGGUGGCUGCCGCCUCCCGCCCCGUCAAUGCAGGCAUGAAAGCCCCCGGUACGUGUCUGUCCUCUGGGACCAAACCUCUUCUUUAUCCAGGGUUGUUCACGGAAACCUGGCAACAAUUGUUGCAGGAUCUAGGACUUGGCUAUACUAUUUGUCGCUAGAGAUGCAAUAUAUUGUCAAUGAGGGAACAAGAUUCUGUUGAACAACUCUGGUUUGGGGGAAGGGAGUGUGUUUCAAAUGAGAAUGUUGUACAAAGCAAUGGGUUGCUUUCUUUCAUAUUUCAGUAAUGUCUAUCGCAAACAUAAUGAUUAAUUUUUAUAUGCUGCCAUGAACUGUAGUUUUUCUUCCCAUCCUUGCAGGUUCAUCUCACAUUCAGCAGCCUGUGCUGAGGAGGCAGAGCUGGAAGGGUUCCAAGGAGUCCCUGGUUCAGAGACAUGGCCCCAUGAUGGUGGAGGGGAUGAUGUACCGUUCAGACAGCCCUGGACCCCAGGGUGACCUGGCAGGACGAGGCCCACCCCCAGCCUUCCCACAGGGCCACCCUGGAAACAACCAACGGGUGAACCCUCCCCUAAACCCUCAGGUGCGCAGUGUCACCCCUCCCCCAAACAGAGGUGCAACCCCACCCCCACCUUCCUGGGACAGUAACCCCUCCACCAAGCGCUUCUCUGGCAACAUGGAUUACCUGGUGCCCCGCAUCUCUCCUGUUCCACAAGGGGCCUGGCCUGAAGGCUACUCAGCCCCAACCCCCCAGAACCAGAGGGGCAUAAGCCCAGUGCCCAUGGGCCGUCAGCCCAUCAUCAUGCAGAGCUCUGGGGGUAACAAGUUCAGCUUCCCCUCCAGCUGGUCUCAGAACGGCUCCCCUCAGCCAGACUACAUGGGACAUCAGAGUGGUGGCAGCAGACAACCCCCUCCCCCUUACCCGGUGAAUCAGAGCAACAGACAAAGCCCAACCGCUCAGCAGAUGCAGGCCGGAGGUCCUGCCUCUUCCUCAUCCUACAUCAACAGUGGUAACCUCCCCCAGUCCAUGAUGGUGCCUAACCGAAACAGUCACAAUCUUGACAUGUACAACAUGGGUGUGCCUCAGUCCUGGUCCCAAGCACCCCCCGGCCAGCCUCAGUCCUCCCAAGGUAGCAUUAACCAGGACAUGUCCCCCUCAUGGCAGCAGCACAGCAUCCCUGUCCGAUCCAACUCCUUCAACAGCCACCAGAUGAGCAACAGGCAGGGCCACCCGGCCAGCUCCCAGCCCUCUGCCACCACAGUGACAGCCAUCACCCAGGCCCCCAUCCUGCAGCCCGUGAAGAGCAUGCGCGUGCAGAAGCCUGAGCUACACACUGCCGUGGCCCCCGCACACCCACCCUGGAUGCACCAGCCCCCUCCACCUCCAACUACCUACCAGGAGCCACAACCACCAGCACCCAUGCCCCAGGUACCCAUGCCAGUAACAGAGGUGCCCAGUUACCAGGGUCCUCCACCCCCAUACCCCAAACACCUCCUCCAGCAGCCUGUUGCACCCUGCCCUGCCUAUGACCCAGGGCCCAAGCCUAGUUCUGGGAGAGAGGAGGCUGCAGAGGAGGAGGAUUGUAGCAGCACCGCUAGUGACAGGCCAGAAGGCCCAGACUCUGCUGCUGUGGGAACAGAGAAGGAGAAUAAACAGAUCACCACGUCUCCAGUGCCUGUGCGCCGGAACAAGAAAGACGAAGAGCGCAGAGGAGACCCCAGAGUGCCGCUCUACUCUCCCCAGGCCUUCAAGUUCUUCAUGGAGCAGCACGUUGAGAACAUCCUGAAGAACCACCAGAUGAGGAUCCAUAGGAAGAAACAGCUGGAGAGUGAGAUGCAGAGGGUGAGAGUACACAGUUACUGCUUAUAAUGUCCCUAUGAGUUAAAUUUGGUCUAAACAAUGGUAUAAUCUAAAUACAUUUGGUCUAUUCAAUUCAGAGGAAUACAGGGUAUUUAUUUAUUAGCUGAAAGGCCUACAUUUACACUGUAAUGGAUUUGGCAUGUCCAAUGACCGUCAUUUAAGAUUCUGGCACCCUCUUCAAAUAUGUCAUCAUGCAGUCUUGGCUUUCAAUCUUCCUGACUCUUUCUUUACUAUUUAGUUCCUGUUCAAGCUGUAUUUUCAUUCUUUUGAAUGUUCUAUUCUUCCCUCCUGCUUAGCUGUCUUUCUCUCUCCUUUUCUCUCCCCGCUGUCGCUAACAGCUGAUGUAGAAGUUAAAGGUAUCUCCUAUCAAUGCUGUGACCUGAAUAGUCCACACAGAUCAAUGACCAAGUAAGCAGUUGUUGAAAGAUGGGCCAUUUUAAUUUAACAACAUGAAGCCCUCUGCUGACUGACCGCAUCACACCAACUCCUUAGGGAAAUGCAUGCCUUCCCAUCCACUUUCCAUGUUAGUGCUCCGUCCGUCUUAAAUUAUGCUUGCCAAGACAACCAGCCUUAUUGAGAAUGUCUGCUGUAUCUCUUUGGUUGUUUUUCUACCUUUCUAAUGUGUUUUAAUGGUUACUAUUUUGUGUUCCUUUACCUGGGCCAGCAUUCUGCCAGGUUGAAUGCAUUGCUUUGCUAAUUAAUCUGUGGUUCUCUCUUAAGGGCCUGAAUGUAAAUUGUCAUAUUUUGCUAUUAGGUCAAGUUGUCAGGGGAUGCGCAGGAGCAGAUGCGCAUGAUGCUGUCUCAGAAAGAGUCCAACUACAUCCGACUGAAGCGGGCCAAGAUGGACAAGUCGAUGUUCAAGAGGAUCAAGACCCUGGGCAUCGGAGCCUUUGGAGAGGUGUGUCUAGCCCGGAAGGAGGACACUGGAGCCCUGUACGCCAUGAAGACGCUGCGCAAGAAGGACGUUCUCCUCAGGAACCAGGUGGCCCACGUCAAAGCAGAGAGAGACAUCCUGGCUGAGGCUGAUAAUGAGUGGGUGGUGCGGCUCUACUACUCAUUCCAGGACAAGGACAACCUGUACUUUGUGAUGGACUACAUCCCCGGAGGAGACAUGAUGAGUCUGCUGAUCCGCCUGGGCCUCUUCAAAGAGGAGUUGGCUCAGUUCUACAUCGCUGAGCUCACCUGCGCCGUGGAGAGUGUGCACAAGAUGGGCUUCAUCCAUCGCGACAUCAAGCCAGACAACAUCCUCAUAGACCGGGAUGGACACAUCAAGCUCACCGACUUUGGCCUCUGCACCGGCUUCCGCUGGACACAUGACUCUAAGUACUACCAGAGUGGUUCGUAUGAUCCAUGUCUUAUGAUGCUUGUUGCUGCUUCAAUCAUCUAAGAGGGUGUUUUGGUUCUCCCCCUUUUCAUUGUCAGUAAAGCCAUGCUAAUCUUUGUGUCGUCGCUCUCUGCAGGAGACCAUGUUCGGCAGGACAGCAUGGACUUCAGUAAGGAAUGGGAGCAGGACCCAUCUAACUGUCGCUGUGCAGACCGUCUCAAGCCCCUGGAGAGGAGGAAGGCAAGGCAACACCAGCGCUGCCUGGCUCACUCCUUGGUGGGGACACCCAACUACAUCGCUCCAGAGGUGCUGCUUAGGACAGGUAAGCCUGUGAAAGGGAAAAGUUGAAUCCACUCUGAAGUUGGAAAUAUUAUCUGUGAUGUUUGAAUUACCAGCGCAGGAGUGGAAUCUUUAAAGGUUAUUAUUUGUCUCUUGUGCACAAUGUUAUUGUGUCUAACAUGUGACUGUGUUACCUCUGUUCAAGGAUACACCCAACUGUGUGAUUGGUGGAGUGUUGGUGUCAUUCUGUAUGAAAUGGUGGUUGGGCAACCUCCUUUCUUAGCAACUACACCCCUGGAAACCCAGCUCAAGGUAAAUCAACCAGUCAAAAACUGAGCAUAUCUCAUGUUGGCCUGGUUUGUUAGGUGUUUUCCUCCGCUCUAUGUUUAACGCUCUGGUUCGUUAUUCUACCCAGGUGAUAAACUGGCAGACCACCCUGCACAUCCCCCCUCAUGCCAAGCUGAGCCCAGAGGCAUCAGACCUCAUCAUUAAACUAUGCCGUGGCCCCGAGGACCGCCUCGGCAAGAACGGUGCCGACGAGAUCAAGGUGCAGCCCUUUUUCAAGACCAUCGACUUCUCCAACGACCUGCGGCAGAUGCAGCCGGCCCCCUACAUCCCCACUAUCGCUCACUGCACAGACACCUCCAACUUUGACCCGGUGGAUCCAGACAAGCUGUGGAGCAGCAACAACGAAGGUGAGGGCAACCACAACGACACCCUCAAUGGGUGGUUCAGGAACGGCAAGCACCCCGAGCACGCCUUCUACGAGUUCACCUUCCGACGCUUCUUCGAUGACAACGGCCACCCCUACAGCUGUCCCAAGCCCAUUGGCAAAGAGUAUGAGGAGGAUUCUUAUAGGGACGAGGCAGACUCUGAGGCCCUGGCACAGGAGGAGGGAGACCAGGAAGAGAGUAGCAGGGGGGCACAGGGCCGUGAUUUGGUCUAUGUUUAG